UAAUGCAAACCAAUACCCAUUCCUACUGUAGAGCUGCGUAACGGACGUCUGACUGUCGGCAAAAUAUAUGCCGGCUUUUUAGUACUCGAGAACUGGAAAACCACUCGUUUCGGACAAAUACAGGGCGUCGGCCUCUCUCAACCGUCACUAUUGGCCCGACUUAUGGGCGCCGUUAGAAACCCUAACAAACCGGCCGACGAACAAAAUUUCGCCGAAAUGACUGUCGCGGCCAUCAAGGAGGCGGGCCGUAAGGAGUCUCUCAAGGAUUCCAUCCACAGUGAUUCGGAUAGAGAGAGACAACGAGAGAAGAGUAUGGGGUUUAUGAGACGCGGAAGCAGUCGCCGGAGUCGGAGAAGACGAUCUAUUAUGGCCGGUGCUAUGGGCACGGGUAGUGAGCUCCGAGGCGCUCAGGAUCAGCCGGUGGUCUCAGCAUUAGCACAACUGUCCACUCAUUUACAUCCAGAUCCGCAUCACAGGACCGGUUCGUUUAGACGACGAUCCCGUUCUCGAAGCAGAUCCCCGUCCAUUCAACCGAGAGAUAGCAGUACAGCGCCCACCACUGGCACAGGAGGUGAGGCCACAGCCAGACACCGAUCGCCCACACCUAUAGGCAGGUCCUCAUCGCCACAAAAAGAUCACGGAUUCGCUGAAACCGUCACAGAUAUUGUCGAUUAUGUCAAAUAUGAGACCUCUCGCAAGGGAAGGGCACGGGCCAAACUAAGAGGCGGUGAAUGGGAGUCGACGCAAUUGGGUCGGAGUCCGAGCCGUCGGGGCAGUCGUCGUAAGCGGCACCGGCCCUGGACUGGUCCUCAGGAACAGGAGCGAAGUCGCAGCGCUUCUCCCGACUUUCACAACGCAAACCUGACGGCCCGAUCGCGGAGCCCAUCGCCAUACCCACCCCCUAACGGCCAGACAUCUGAAUAUUACGGCACAACCCAACUCGAGCAACGGUCCCGCAGUCCGAGCCCUUCAUCGGCUCAUUCGCUACCUGUGCAGCAGAGGUCAACUCUGAGUGUUGGUCUCAGCGGCACCGGUAGAACAGGUAAACGCCGUUUACUGCCAAACACACCGAAUAAGCCGUCGUUUCUACGAUUGACAGUACAAUCUGUAGAAAAUAUUAACUUUCCAUUAGUGUCGCACUCGCCUACUAUACCCAACCGAUCGCCCGGUGCUAUCAAUUUCCCCAAAUUGAACGCAUCGCCCACUCAUCUUACGAAACAACAGCCCCCACAACACAACUGGACGGCCGCCGCCGGCAACGGCCUC